CGGUGGCAGUUCUCUAUCGCCCUGGCGACUCCGGCUGGGUUUCUGCUCGCGGUAAACAGGAGGAAGGGCGCAAAAAGAGCGGCUGGGCGCCAGUCCAAUAACUCAGCCUUCUGGAGAGCACUGAGUCAACAGGCAGGGGCAAUGCCAGCCCCUUGACCAUGUUCCGGAUUUCUGAGUUCCAAGACGAAGCUUUCCCCACCAGUGAGAAGGACCCGGCAGAUCACAGGCUGAGCGUUGGAGGGGCCAAAGAUCUCAACAGUCCGUCUCAUGAGAAUCCAGAACUGAGACGCCGAAUAGGGUCGGACCCUCCUUUGCUAGAUUCGGAGACCUCAGAUGAGGUGGGGGCUUUCCGGGCACGCUCACGCUCCGCCCCUCCAAUCUUGUGGGCCGCUCAGCGAUACGGGCGGGAGCUACGCAGGAUGAGCGAUGAGUUCCAUGGUGCACUGCAGAAGCUGCCGCGCCCGAAAAGCGCAGGGGCCUGUUCCCAGAUGGACCACACGCCCAGCUGGAAGGACACGCUGCAGUCCUGGUGGCGUCGCAGCUGCCCGGACAAUGGCCCGUCCGGUUCUUGAACCGGGUUUUGCUGCUAUCUGUUGUGGGGGGGGGGAGAGGGGAAGGGGCAAUAAAUGUGGUGGGGUUGCAACGGCACCAUCUUUCCUCUGUGGUAUCUCAAAAUUAUCCAGCGUGCCGAGCUCAUUCCGUAGCACGUCCGUUCCUUACCCCCACACACACACACGUUUACUCAAGACCUCACACUAUGGCACGUGCCAGAUUUUUACCUCCUGCCGUUUUAGUCCAAGAUCAAAGUCUUCUUUUUCCGCAGUACCCAACACCCCUGAUUUUCCAGGGACCAUUUUCUCCUUUCUCAAGAGCUGAGGGAAUCCCCCUUUUUAACCCGACAAAAA